AUGGCAUGCCUCAGGAGAAUCAUGGGUGUGACCAGACUUGACAGGAUAAGAAACACACACAUACGAACACACCCGGAACGUGGAAGAAACCAUCAUCGCCAAGUUGGAUCGUGUCGUGGUCCGCCGAUCACGAUCACGAUCAGUAGAUGUGACCCAGGAGAGACGAUCAGAAUCACCAAAGUAGCAUGUGUGAGGCAAUAUCCUUGCGCUUCGCCGAGCCCCUCUCUGGAGAGUCAAUGUGGUAACAGUGGCGAGACGACGGUACCGUAUGCUGCGUAUUGUGAGACUCGCAAUCCAUGUACCAUCACUGGCUCAUGCGAUGAGAGUUCAACGUGCCAGGGGAGGUACGCCUACUUCUACGCUGAUUAUACAUGUGCCUGCGUCGUGGACUCGGAUUGCGAGUACGGAGGAACUUGUGAUUUGACUACAUUGAUGUGCAUGUGUGCAACUGGAUACACUGGUACAACCUGUGGAACAGGUGCCUGCGCCGCGGACUCGGAUUGCGAGUACGGAGGAACUUGUGAUGUGACUACGUUGAUGUGCAUGUGUGCAACUGGGUACACUGGUACAACCUGUGAAACAGGUGCCUGCGCCGCGGACUCGGAUUGCGAUUACGGAGGAACUUGUGAUGUGACUACGUUGAUGUGCAUGUGUGCAACUGGGUACACUGGUACAACCUGUGAAGCAGGUGCCUGCGCCGUGGACUCGGAUUGCGAGUACGGAGGAACUUGUGAUUUGACUACAUUGAUGUGCAUGUGUGCAACUGGAUACACUGGUACAACCUGUGGAACAGGUGCCUGCGCCGCGGACUCGGAUUGCGAGUACGGAGGAACUUGUGAUGUGACUACGUUGAUGUGCAUGUGUGCAACUGGUACACUGGUACAACCUGUGAAACAG